UCAUCCCUUCGGCGUCGGCGUCCCAAGUCAAAAUGGACAAGAGUUGGAUGACAAUAAAAAAUAGAAUGAAGAGUAAAGAGUAUAGAGAAGGGGUGAAGUCCUUUAUUGAAUUUGCGGUGGCAAAUUUAGGCUCAGCAAAUGAUAUUUGGUGUUCUUGUGUCGAGUGCAUGAAUGACAAAAAACAAAGCAUUCAAGUUGUCAAGAUUCAUUUAAUGUUAAAAGGAAUCUCGCCUUCUUACAAGACUUGGGUGCAACAUGGAGAAUCGGUUCACGUGCAUCAAUCUUGUGUUUCAAAUAAUGCUAACUGUGACAAUGGUGGAGGUGUUGAGGAUAGAAUGGCUGGGGAUGGCACCGAUGAUAGGGAAGAAUUGUCUAAUAUGCUGGAAGAUGUUUGCAUGGGCGCUUUCAUGAAUGACGAUAUUGACGAAUUGCCUAAUAACUUGGGGAGGGAGGAUGCACAGAAUUUUGAUAAGUUGUUUGAUGAUGCUCAACAACCCAUUUAUCCUAGUUGCAAAACUUUUACAGUAUUAUCAUUCGUUAUUAAGAUGCUUCAUAUUAAGGUGUACAACCAGUGGAGCAAUUCCUCUUUUGACAUGAACAUGAAGGUAUACAAGGAAAUUCUACCGGAGUAUCAUAAGUCUGUUCCAUGGACCCUUUAUGAAGUCAAGAAAUUUUUACGAAAUUUGGGUUUGGGAUAUGUGCUAAUUCAUGCAUGCAAAUAUGAUUGUGUUCUUUUUUGGAAGGAGAAUGCGAACCUGGAGAAAUGCCCUAUAUUGAUGAGCCUAAAUAUAAGCUGA